GUGGGAGUGACGAAUUGUGCGAGCAGAACCUGCGAAACCGCGUGGAAAAACAGAGGAGGGAACUUCCCUUUCCGCACAAAAAAAGCCACCAUGUGACCGAUCUCACCUCAUCCCAUCCCCCGCAUUCAAGUCUCUCACCUCCUCCUCCUCCUCUCAGUCGACGCUUGAAAGAUCCAAUCCAAGCUCUCUUCAAUCCUCGAAGCGUCGGGAAUGGCGCCGCUCGUGCGCUUCAAUUGCAGAAGCGUCGCUCUUGCUCUUCUCCUCUGCGUUGCUGUUGUUCUCGUGGGUUCCUUCGUUUUCCUCCGCGCUAGUCUAGGCUCGGAGUCUCCGGUUCAGAGCGAGCAGUUUCUUCUGGGUGCUGCCAGAAGGAGAUUGAUGGAGGCUCGAGAAGCAGAGGGCGAUGGUGACCAGAUCAUUGUGCCCAAAAAGAAGGCCAAGCCGACCACGCUGGCUACUUCGGAGAAGUCCAGGAACCAAACCAAGGUCGUUAAAUCCGCUCUCUCCGCCAAAAACCAGACCAAGCUGAUGAAACCCAAAUCGAGCCUGCCCUCCAGGAACCAAACCAAGCCUCUCAAGCCCGCAAAUUCGACCAAAAAAGGGUCGCCCGCGUCCACCUUUGUCGAUACAUCCGAGCUCAAGAAGUUCAACUCCACCUUGAAGGUCAAGAAGCUGAACACGACCUCGAAACCCUCCAAUUCCACCAAAGGCGACUUGUCUUCGGCCAAGAAAGGGUCAGAUCUGGGGAAACUAGCCACACCCAAGAACAAAACCAAAGACUCCCAACUCCAACUCGACAAGAAGCUCACUCAGUCCGACCCCAAGAAACAGAGCAAAAACAGAGGCUCCACCGACCAAGAACCCAAGACGCCCAAGACCCAGAAGCCGAAACAGCCCAACUGGCUCGACUCCGAGGAGGGUCACGAUCUGGUGGCCGAGUUCCGAGAUCUGCCCACAAAGUUCCAGCAAACCCUCAUCCCCGACCUCGAGCGAAUCUCCACCACCUCCAAGGCCUACCUCACCCAAGCCAACAAGCAGAUGACCAAGGGCUUUAAGCCUUACGUGGGCAACAAGUACGCGCCCGCCAUCGCGACCCUCGUCUCCUGCGCUUUCAUCCUGAUCCCUCUCGUCCUCGUCUCCCUCGUCUUCAAUCGCAUCAAGGCCUACUUCUCCCUCCAGAAGCUCCUCAUCUUCGUCCAGGUCUACCUCUCCAUCUACUUCUCCAUCCUCUGCCUCUCCUCGCUGGCCACCGGGCUCGAGCCCCUGAGGUUCUUCUACGCCACCUCGCGGUCCGCGUACGUGUGCAUACAGAUCUUCCAGACGUUCGGGUACGUCCUGUAUCUGCUGCUGCUGCUGAUGUACCUGGUGCUGGUCUUCUCGACCGACGCCGGGCUUGGCUCGAAGUUCCUGGGGUUGGCCCAGACCUUCGUGGGCUUCGCCGUCGGGCUGCAUUACUACGUGGCGGUGUUCCACCCGAUGGUGCUCCAUCAGCCGCCGCGGACCAACUGGAAGGUCCACGGGGUCUACGCCGCGUGCUUCCUCGGGAUCUGCUUGCUGGCGAGGGCUGAGCGGAGGAAGAAGGCUUACUUGGAAGAGGGUGGUGAGGAGGGCAAGAAGAGCUAAAAGCUCAAAGGACAAGUGAAAUUCUUCGUUUCAUAAUCCCGCAGCUCCAAACGAGGGGAACUUGCAAUCAAACCAAUUUGGUGCAAGAAAUGGUACAGAAGCUACGACGGUCUUCUCCAUGUCCAAGGGUCUUAUUGGGGUCAACCGUUUGACUUUUUUUUUCCCCUAAAUUGGCUAUGUCCUUUUUUCCAUUUUUAAGUUCUAGGGUUAUUCUAAUUUUUUUUGCACCCCUCCCAAGAUUACAUGGGGAAUAAUGCAGUAUUGGUGUUCCUACUUGAAAUAAUGAGCAUUGUCCUGCAAAAUGUUGGCCAAGCAACUAUGGUGUAAUGGUAUUAUUUGAAGUGAUGAUGUUGCAUGAUACCAAUUCGGGUAAAGAAAUCGCUAUGCUUUCGGAG